UAUUCAAGUCAAGAAUGAAAUGAGCCGUAGUACCUCAGUCAAACAAAUGUCUUAGUUUCUAGUCCGAAGAUGGAGAGCUGUCAGUAUUUUUUGCUGUUCUGUGUUCUUAGUCUGGCGCUGAGGACUGGAGAGGCCGUGCACGAGAACGAGAUUGACCUGUUCAACUUCCUGAGAAGCAUUUACUCUGGACUGCUCGUGAGAGACGAGCCUCUUGUCAUCGACCGAGACCUGCCGUUCAAAGGAAACUCCCUCGAAGACUUUGAAGAUCCAGCGGAGCCUCUUUCCCUCCGGCCAAACCCUCACAAUGCAGGAAUCCCUGAUUACGGCCCUAUAGUGUUGACCAAGGACGGAGUGAUCAAGGGGCUGACGGUGGACAAGUGUCACGUGUUCUAUGGGAUCCCCUACGCGGACCCUCCGGUGGGAGCAUACCGGUGGAAAUCUCCCAGAGCUGUGACCCCCUGGCCGGGCGUCCUUGACGCCACCUUCCCCAGGGACGCCUGCAUGCAAGGCUGCAGUGGUCCCAUUUCUGACGAGUGUCCUCAGAAGGUCAGUGAGGACUGCCUCUAUCUCAACAUCUUCAUUCCUCUGGAUGUGAACUUCAGCUCUCCUCUGCUGAAGCCCCUGCCUGUGUUAGUGUGGAUCCACGGGGGAGACUUCAUCGCCGGCUCCGCUUCCAAGCCACUGUACGAUGGCAGGUUCAUCAGCAACUUCACCCACUCGGUGGUGGUGAGCCUGGAGUACAGGCUGGGUGCUUUUGGUUUCCUCGUCUCUGGAAAAGAUCCCAAGACGUCUGCAUCAGGGAAUUAUGGGAUUCUGGACCAGCAGGCUGCUCUGCUCUGGGUACAGAGGAACAUUGCUCUGUUUGGAGGGGACCCUAGCAAGGUGACCAUAUUUGGGGAGAGUGCAGGCGCCCAGUCUGUGAGCCUCCACCUGAUGAUCCAGAGCAGCAAGCCGCUGUUCAAACAAGCCGUGUUCCAGAGCCUUCCCUUCUCCAUCCCCCUCAAGACCAGACACGACGCCCUGAAACUGGGCAAGGACUUUGCCAAGCAGGCCAACUGCACUGUGAGCGACAUCGUGUGUCUGCUGUCUCUCAGUCCCCAGGCUGUCCUCGCCGCUCAGAUCAAGUCCAGUAGCAAAGUGGUGAAUCCGUUCCGGUUCCUGGAGAUCUUUGAGACGUGGGGCCCUUACAUCGAUGGAGAGCUGAUUAAAGAGCAGGCUGUGACAGCCUUCCAGAAGGGCCACUGGCACAAGGAGAAGCCAGUACUCCUAGGGACCACCUCUGAGGAGGGGGUGAUCUUCGUCUAUGGAGUCUUCACCAAGCCGGUGUCUGCGGUGGAGUGUACUGUGUACACCACUGCCAUCUUCAAACAGCACGCUCUCAGAAUCCUGCGCAAGUACCUCCCCAUGUAUAAGAACGCAGACCGCAGGGACAUGCUGUCACAGAUCGUGACAGACUACGUGUUUCUCUGCCCCUCCCGUAAGUCCGCCCGUGCGGCCAGCCUGGCGGGCAGCUCCGUGUGGAUGUACGUCUUCGACCACGUGGCGUCGGACCACCGCGUGUGGUCUGGCCUCAGCUUCUGCUACGACCACGUCUGCCACGGCGCCGAGCUGCCCUUCCUCUUCAACACCGCCGCCGUGGCCAACUUCACCCUGUCGCCACCCGAGCGUCUCCUGGCCAAUCGGAUGCUGUGUUACUGGGGGGCGUUCGCCCACACAGGCGACCCCGGGUCGAGGGUGGAGCAGACGGGCUUCUGCAGACAGCAGCGCCCCCCGGCCUGGCCGCGAUACACAGGAAGCAGCAGCUGGCUGGAGCUGAACUUCACCGUGCGGUCACACGCUCAGGUGGGCACCAGGGACCAUAUAUGUGACUUCUGGGACAAGCUUGGCAUCUAUUAGGGUAGCUGCUGUACAAGGGUAGGCCCUGGUUUCAGUGAAGUAACUGACAGUGUGGGUAUGUCACGGCUCAGAUCUGCACAGAUAUUUGUAAAGAUGUGUUGUUGAGUCAUGUGUUGUUUAUGGAGACUUGUGUGUGGUCAGUUUAGAGCACUCUCUGCUGAUGUAUUAGGUUUGGACUUGAAAAACUGACCAUGGAUCUGCUUGCUGGGACACUAUUCCUGGCAUUUGGUGGUAGAAUCUAAAUAAAAGAUGAAUGGAGAUGAGUGAGAAUUGGCUGAGGAAUGAAAGAAAGAAAAAAACUUGUUAAAGGGUCAUCUAAAUUUUUUGAUAUCGACCCUCCUCAUUAUAUAGGCAAUUUAUAUGUUAAAUAGUUUUUAGAAAUAUUCUUUCUUCUGGACAGUGCCUCCUCUCUAACUGUGGUCUUUGGUCAUUGUUGAAAGAUGUAUUUGCUAAAUGAGACUAUACUUUCUAGAACAAUAAAUCGUCUUAAGAAAUUAUAUGUCAUCAUUUAACCAUUUAAACCUAACCUGAGAACCAGAAAAACAGAAAAAUCUGCGAGCAUAUUGAUUUUCUAGAAAUCUGCUGGAUUUCCCAGCAGGCCAUUCAGCGGGCAUUGAGAAGAAAGCCCUAGAAGAAGAAUUAGAUCCUGUUUGCAGAGGAAAAACUAAUUAGGAAACAUGCCGCUUAAAUGCCGCUUAAUUGGUUUGAAUUGAAUAGAGAUGAUUUUAUUCACCUGUAAUGUUUUUGUAUUCUUCAUAAUUCAUCCUUGAAGGAUGGCUAUAAAGCUUUGAGGGCAAACGU